AUGAGCGACCAGCCGACGGCCCGCACGCAGAAGGAGCUGCUGGAGAGGCUCCGAGGGCUUCGGAAGGCCUACCCGUUGGGGGAGUGCUCCGAGCAGGGCUGCGACCAGGAGGCGGUCUUCGAGAAGGUUUUUUCGCCGCUCGUCUGUUCGGACAUGCGGAGGCGCUGCUACUGUCUCCGCCACGGAUCGUGGUGGAUGGACGAGAAGGUGCGGGAGCUGGCGCCGGGCACGUGGAUGGUUUCUUCGGAGAGCGAUAUGAUACACCAUCUCUUCCUGCUCCUGGGGAACCACAUCCGCCCAGGCACGACCGACGUCGUCAGUCUCGACAAGACGUUCACGCCGGGCUGCCAGUAUCGUCCCGACGUCUUCAUCGACGGGCCUGAGCGGGGAGUCCUCAUCGAGAACGACGAAAAUGGACACUUUGGUUAUUCGGGGCCGGCCGACCGCGCGCGGACGGUCGACGUGCACAAGGCUGCCGCGGACCACGCCGGAAAGCCGGUCCACCUGAUCCGCUUCCGUCCCGACGAGUACGAGGACGAGAACGGCGUGUGGGGGAUGCACUUUUCCUGGGUGCACCGCCUGUAUCGCCUCGCGGUGUCGGUCUUCUUCGCGAUGUUCUGCGCGGAAGGGCCCGCGCAGGUCGACGACGCCUUCAUGCACAACGGCAGGCUCCUGACCGUCGAGCGACUGUUCUACGGCGCGUACCCGGGCCCGCCGGCGGAGCUCCUCACCAUGCUCGCGCCGAAGCUGCGCAAGACUGAUGUCAAUCCAAGGGACUCGUUCAAGACGACCUGGCAGCAGAUCUUCGAGGCCGUCGGCGGGUCUCCGGCGAUGUGCGAGGCACUCAAGGACAUCGCACUGCAGGGCCGUGUGGCCAACGUCCCCCUGCCUGCGGCCGCAGACGACGCGGCCUGCAAGGACCGGCGGUUCCAGAGGCUUCCUCGGCCGUACGGGGGGGUCGGAUCCCCCGAGCCCUUGGCGGUGCCUCCGGGGGAACAGGCGAUGAUCAAUGCCGACGCGCAGGCGUUUGCCACGAAGUUCGGGCUCGGGGACGUCGAGCACUUCGACGCGUAG